GUGGCAACAUUACUAGAGCUUAUUUUGGGUCACUCGGUUGCCCGUUUCCAACUUGUACUUCGUUUGGUUUUAGUAGAGGUGCCUUUCGCUUUGCUAAACUUGCAACAUAGCAUAGUUUAGUAUUUUCUUUCUAAGAAAGCUGGCGGGUGUGCAAAACAAAUACGUCUAUAUUAAGUGUUAUAGUAAUUAAAAAACGAAGUAUUAGUUUAUUAUAAGAUAGUGAAUGUUAUAGUUGAGGACUAGGGGCGCGGCGCGUGGCACGAAAUCACCAUGGAUGAUGACCAGCAGUUCUGUCUGCGGUGGAAUAACCACCAAUCGACGCUGGUUUCAGUGUUUGAUACUUUGUUAGUGAAAGAAAUUCACGUGGACUGCACAUUAGCUGCCGAAGGGAGAACACUAAAGGCACACAAAGUGGUUUUGUCUGCGUGCAGUCCAUAUUUCGAGAGUGUAUUAUCCGAACAGUUUGACAAACAUCCAAUAAUCAUUUUAAAAGAUGUCAAAUUUGCUGAACUGAGAGCAAUGAUGGAUUAUAUGUACCGCGGAGAGGUGAACAUCUCUCAAGACCAACUGGCUGCCCUGCUGAAGGCAGCAGAGUCACUUCAAAUCAAGGGUCUCUCAGAUAACAAGCCAUCCAGGCCACCGUCGCGCCCUCCCCCAGCACCCGCACACCCGCCUCGCGCUCCGUCUCCACCUCCACAAACGAGAGAUGGCAGCUCGGACAGUCGCUCGGGGUCUCUGAGUCCAUCGAGACGGCGUAAGAAAGCGCGGCGCACGUCCAGCCCCGUGCCACCCGCGGCGCCCGCGCCCGCCGCCAGCCCCGAGCCGCCCUGCAAGGAGGAGCUGGCCCGCGACGUGGAAGACCUCACGCUGGACGACGCUCACACCCCGCCCGCGGACCACAACGAUGUCGUGCGCAAUUUUCAAUGGCAUAUGGAAAGAUCUCAAGAUGAAAUUAUGAAUUCAAAUGACAGCGUUCGAGAGAAUCAAGGUGCGGCGGGCGAGGAGGCGCUGGUGCGGCUGGGCGGCUUGUCGUGGGAGCAGUGGUCGGCGCGCCUGGCGCUGCCGUUGGCCGGAGGCGGGACCGGCGCGCGUGCAGCGCCGCCGCCCGCCCUCGGCGAGCCCAGCUUCACCUGCCCGGAUUGCGGCCGCGUCUACAAGCUCAAGUCCUCGCUGCGCAACCACCAGAAGUGGGAGUGCGGCAAGGAGCCCCAGUUCCAAUGCCCGUACUGCGUAUACCGCGCCAAGCAGAAGAUGCAUAUCGCUCGCCACAUGGAGCGCAUGCACCGCGAGGUGCACCUCAAGCCGGAGCAGUACAUCAAGCAGGACAACGUGGACGCCUGCACGUAGUGUCCGCCACCCCCGCCGGUCUCGUACGAUCUCUCAGCCUUGUGAUAGUGACGCCGGGGGGUCGCCGUGUCGCGGCCCCGGCCGUCGCCUGCUCCGCCUCGCUUUAGAUGCCCUAUGAAUUUAAUAUCGCCACUUUGUCAUGGUAUUGCCCGCCGCCCGCGGUGGCGAGUGUGCGGCGACUCUUGCAUUUAUUCAGUAUAUGAGAGUGAUCUUGGUGUAGUUACGCUUCUUAUACUUCUUACGUAGGACGUUUUGAAUCGAAUCAUCAUUCCCGGUUUCGGACGAGGUCGGUCGUUUAGCUUCGCUAGAUUGUUCUUUAAGAAAGUUUAACUCUUGUUACCAGUUACAGUUACUAUUGACUAAAUUUUAACGUUGAUUAAUAAAUGUUAGACGGCUUGUCAUUCGAGUUUAUUGAGUUCGGUUAACUAAUAGUUUUGACGAGAUUGACGUUAACGUAUGUCAUACAUACAGUAGUGAGAAGUGAUCGCGUUCAUUGUUCUAUUAUUAUUAUAGUUCGGUAGUCGUUAAUUGAGAGGAAGCUAUUUGUCGCUUAGUUUUCGAGUUGUAGGUAUUUGCCAUAAUGCAUGUUCCAUUAUUUUGUAAUACUCAUAUAAGUUAAUUUUUUCUAUUUUCAAUUAUUUUUAGAUCUCUUUACGUGUAAUGCAUUUAUUUUUAUAUUAAUUCCGAUCUUAGUGGUCUGUCGUAGGAAGAGAUCAGAUUAUGUUUAAGUGGUAGUGACAUGUGCGUUCCUGGAGACGAUGGGACCAAUAGUUUUUUAGAUUAUUAGGACUGACCAGUGGAAUCGAGUGCCUUAUUAAGUACGAAACGAUUGUUGAAAUGUUCACUACUCCCAUGUAAUGUACUGCCGUCGAGGGGUUACAAGCCUAGGCACGUACUAUCCUUUAGAAUCAUGUCACUUUUGGACGGGAUGUGUAUCUUCCACGUAGAUUGUAAGUAUUUUCUAUACAUUACCAUUUAGAAAUUAUAAGUUAGCGACGAUAUCACGGUUAGCAAAAUGAUUCGCGUCUCUGUCGUACCUCGUUUCCAUACCCCGGUUAGGGCUCGUGAUCGACGCACGAGUGAUUUUGCUUUCGUCAUACCCGGUUAGAUUAGCUGCAGCAGUUACCAUCAUACGAUCAAUACGUAGCGAGCGUUUAGUACAAGUACGAUACAAGUCAUUUCACUAUAACACUAAGUGCCUUCACAAAUUUAGUCAUUAGAAUUUUAAAUAUUUUACAAAAUCUUUUUCCAAUAUAUGACGGCGAGUCGUCGUUUGGAACGUCGAGGUUGUGAUCUGACAAUACUGAAACGGAAAAGUCAUACAGAUGAAAUCAAUAGUUUAAUACUAAGUACAACGAACCUGUGAUAAGCAUUUCUCAAAAUAUAAAACUACUCAACGACACAAACGAGACGGGGAUAUGUCACAGUACACACCAGCAUGACAUGACUCCAUCCGAGUGGUCCGAGUGUCGGAUCCAGUCGCUGUGAACUAACUCUACUGUAGCAUGUAACGUGACGAUAGCGAGUUACAGUGAUUAUACGCAUUUGAUUGUAUUUUAUAAACUUUUUGUAUUUUAAAUAAAGUUGCUAUUCUUGAUA